AUGUGGGGGGUGGUCGGGGGCGAUUGGCGAGGGCGCGGGACGCACUGCUUACCAGUCGGCGAGCGUACGCGACGCUCCGGCGCGCCGGAAGAAACGCUUCGAACAGGCCUAACAGAACCGUCCACCCCCGAGGGUGGACUACUAGUGCACAACAAAAAAAUCCUAUUCAUAGUAAGUGCAACGAGGUUAACACCCAAACAUUUGAUCCUGGGUCGCGACUUCACGACACCCCAGCUG